UAACAUUCUAACCACUUGACAUUUAUCAACUCUGGACCAUGGUUACUCGUAAUCCAAGUUUCUUCUAUCAAUUAACUGUUUUCAUCACUUUUAUUUUGAUUUAUAAAAUUAACCAUUUACAAACUAAAAGUAUUGAUGUUAAUGAUGAACCAGUUUGUACUAGUGAAGUUUGUAAACGAAUUGCUCAAGACAUCAUUCAAAAAAUGGUCCAAACAAACGAUCCAUGCGCUGACUUUUACCUAUAUGCUUGUGGAAAUGUGGCGGCACAAACUGAGAAGAGUUAUUUUAAUAUAAUACAAAAUAUAACUGCCCAUCGUCUCAAAGAAAUUUUAGAAUCCACUUUAUCCACAAAAGACAAUUCUGCUCUAACAAAAGCAAAAAUACUCUACAAAACAUGCAUAGACGAAGAUACAAUCGAAAAAGAAGGCGUUUCUGGUCUUUCUAGACUAAUGGAUCAGUAUGGAGGUUGGCCGAUGACAAUGACUGAGUUUGAGUGGAACUUUAAAAAAAAGCCAUGGCAAGAAGUUGAUUCAGCUUUCAAAAAAUUGUCUGGUUUUUCACCUUUAUUUUCAUUAGCUGUUCAAGUUGACUUAAAAAAUUCCUCUGGACACAUCAUUUGGUUGAGUCCUACAUCAAUAGCCGCUACUGAAACUUUCUUCCCUAUAGAGCUUACAGAAGUAUCGACAGCUAAUGAUCUAUUUACGAAAGUACCUGCUGUUGAAAAUUAUAAAAAUGCAAUUAAAAAUGCAUCCAAAGUAAUUGCUAAAUAUCGAGGAUCACCACUAUCAGAAAAUACUUUAGAUGAAGAUGCUAAAAACGUUAUUUUAUUCGAAUGGCAAUUAAAAGCAAUUCAAUUAAAUAAAAAUAGUACAAAUCAAAAACAGGAUAUUAAUGAUCUUUAUUAUAAAACAUCAAUAGUUCAUUUCCAAAGGGCUUAUAAUUUAAUGUUUCCUCAAACGGAAAAUGCAAAGAUUGAUUGGUUACAUUUAAUGAAGAAUCAUUUAGCUGAUGUUCCUUACAUUCACCUUCAGGAAUCAGAAAUUAUAUCAGUGACAUCAAUUGAAUAUUUUUUACAAUUAUCGGGUCUCUUAGACAAGACAUCUUCUAGAGUUAUUGUAAAUACAAUUCAUUGGUGGCUUGUGAAGGCUCUUGGACGAUAUACAAACAAAGACAUGGUGACUAUACUCGAUCAAAUGUUGUCACCAUCAUCAAACCCUCGACAACCUACACCACGAUGGACGGAUUGUGUUUCUGCAAAUGAUAUGGCACAUGCUGUAGCACUUGCUUAUGUACAAAAAUAUUUUCCACCAAAAGCAAAAGAUGCGGCUAUUGAUAUGAUACAUGAAAUAAUUCACGAGAUGGAAAUUAAAGUGGAUAACAGUAAUUGGUUGGAUGGUUAUUCAAAACAAGGAGCCUUAAAAAAAUUAAAAUUUAUGAAAGAAUUUGUUGGAUAUCCUGACUGGUAUGAAAAUAGUGGAAAAAUCGAUGAGUUUUACCAAGAUUUUAAAGUUAGUCAGUCCUUUUUAAAUAAUACUUUAGAAGCAACAAAAUUCAAACUUAUAAAAACAUUAAAAUUAUUAAGAGAACCUGUAGACAAAAAACAAUGGGUUGCUAUUCCAACCGCAGUUAAUGCAUUUUAUUCUUAUCCUGGAAAUUCUUUAAUCAUACCCGCUGGAAUCUUGCAGAGCCCAUUCUUCGAAGAAGAACAACCAGAUGCUAUUAAUUAUGGAGGAAUAGGAACAAUUAUUGGACACGAGGUUUCUCAUGGAUUUGAUAACAUUGGUUGUCAAUUUGAUGAAGAAGGAAAUGUUCGCAAUUGGUGGACUAAUGCUACAAGGACUGAGUAUUUCAGUCGAGCUCAAUGUUUUAUUGAGAAAUUUUCCAACUAUUCUAUUGUAUACAAUAGUACAGCAUAUCGAGUAAAUCCAUUCAAUACUUUAUCGGAAAACAUUGCAGAUUCGGUAGGAAUGCAUGCAGUUUAUGAAGCUUUUCAAGUUCAAAAAACGAAAACGUUAAAAGCUAAAAUGAGACUGCCUGGUCUUGAAAAUCUUAGUAGUAAUCAACUUUUUUUCCUAUCCUACGCACAUACUUUCUGUUCACGUCCAAGGAUUGAUACAUUAAUUAAUCAAAUGAGACUUGAUCCUCAUAGUCCGGCAGCUUUUAGAAUAGUUGGAACUCUUUCUAAUAUGGAUAAAUUUGCAGAAGCUUACAAAUGUCCCAAAGGAACAAGAAUGAAUCCAAUUAAGAAAUGUAGCAUUUGGUGAAAAAAUGGAAUAGAUAAUUCGUUGAUUACAUAAAAUAAGAGAAUUUUCAAAUUUAUAGAUUAGAUAACAAUAAUAUAUUUAUUUUAAAAACAAUUUAAUAAUCACUAAAAUUCCCCUCCAUUAAUUUAACGGUCCGUUGAUUCUCCAAUGUUGAAUGUUCAAUUAUAUUAAUUGAGUAUGCCCUAAUAUAAAAUAUUAUGACGCACGAA